GACACGUGUCUCUCAUUGAAGGGAGUUUAGCUUUUUUCUCUUCACAUCUUUCUCUCUCGACGGAAGACGAUCUGGAUUCACGGUGGGAAGAAGCGACCGGAGAAGCUGUUGACGAAGUCAUCUUCCUCAGCCGUCACACCACCGUCUCGAACCGUACUGCUCUGCCUGUUCACCCCAUCAGUAUCUCUCUAGCUUGAAAGCUAUCUCCUUCUUCAAAGGGUUUACUCUUCAGUUGACUUGUGGUGUCGUAGGUGGGGUUUGUGACUUUUUUCCUCAGUUCGAUUCUAGACAACCUGAGCUCUACCAUUGUCAUGGUUUCUUUACUCAGGAAACUGGUUCCUCAAUCAGAGUACCGCAAACUUCUAGGAGCUGUUGUGGUGAUGGCAGCAAAUGCAGGAGGAGCAUGGACUCCAAUUGGUGAUGUUACGACAACUAUGCUAUGGAUUCAUGGUCUUGGAGUUCUCUGGGUCUUGACAGACGCCAUCCACUACGGUGAAUCAGAAAGACAAAAGCUCAAAAUACCUCAAGCCUUAUCCUUCACUAGUAUAGAAUGAAUUAUCCAGUAAGAUUUAUGCAUUUCGAGUUUUUAUGUGUUGUCUGGAAAGUGUAAGACUAGUUUGAGGGAACCAAACUCUUCAAUUGCAGAAAUGUCUCUGAUCUUUUUCAAAGUUUC